UGCGCUAACACGAGUGAGAGAGGAGUUCUGGGCUCAGGAAAAGUGUGAGCGGUGAAACUGCGGACAAGUGAACGAAUGGACCGACAAGCGCGAGUGUAGGCCAGCAGCAGAAACACAGCCUGGGGCUUCAGGCCUAUUGUUAGUGGUGGUUAAUGAUGGAUUCCAACAGUGAAACCAAGAGGAUGACCUCUUUCCUCCCAAGCAACCCCUCAGCUGAAAACCAAAAACUGACCUCACCCAGAGAACCAGGCUGCAGCUGGCUGGUGGUGGUUGCAGCUAUAGCGGCCUCUCUGAGCGGCCUGAUGUUGGGCUAUGAAAUGGGCCUGACCUCUGGGGUCCUGCUGCAGCUGCGGGGCCUCCUCUCUCUCUCCUGCAGGGAACAGGAACUGCUGGUCAGCUCCCACCUUCUCGGUGCACUCCUCGUCUGCCUGGCCGGAGGACUGGUUUUAGAUCGUUAUGGCCGACGCUGCUCUUUGCUCCUGAGUGCUACUCUAGUAGUUGGAGGAACCGUUGUGCUCAUUGCUGUGGCCUCUUUUGUUGCACUGACACUUGGUCGUUUAAUAGUGGGCAUGGGAACAUCUCUGUCAGGAACAGCAGCCUGCCUGUACAUUGCAGAGAUCUCACCAAGGGAGAGGAGAGGUCUGCUGGUGACGCUGUACGAGUUGAUGUUGGUUGUGGGUGUAAUGCUGGGAUUCGGUUGUAGUUAUGCCUUUGCUACCGUACCUCAUGGCUGGGCCUAUACAUUUGGACUAGUAAUUCCUCCAGCACUGUUGCAAAUAGGCGCGCUUAUAUUCCUCCCACCCAGUCCACGCUUCCUCGUUGCUCAGGGCAAAGUGGAGCGGGCAAAGAAAGUGCUGGCCAGAAUGAGAGGUGGGGGUAAGGAGCGUGUGGAAGUGGAGCUCAGGGACAUCCAGGCUGGACUGAAAGAAGAAUCAGAGCAUAGCUUCUUGGAGCUUUUCAGUGCCAAGGCUAACCUGCGUUCACGGCUCCUAACAGGUGUGGCCUUAGUCUUCCUCCAGCAGGCUACUGGACAGCCCAACAUCCUUUCCUAUGCUUCACCACUUCUCCGCAGUGUUGGCUUCAACAGUGAUGCUGCAGCAACCCUGGCCUCCACUGGGUUCGGAGUGGUUAAAGUAGUUGGCACCAUCCCAGCUGUGUUGCUGGUCGACCGUUUGGGACCCAAGAGCUUUUUGUGUGUGGGUGCUGUCGCUAUGGGAUUGUCGCUGGCUGCCCUCGGUACAUUGACUCUACAAAGUCACACUCACCUCACAAGUCUGUGCAAUAGUCAGAGCCCUCUAAACAACACUCACAUGCCAUGGGAUUUAAACAAAACCUUCACAGACUUUGAGGACAGUGACAUUUUGUCUACCCACCUCCAAAACCAGUGGAACAGUGAAGCAAUACAGAGGACCAACACAGAGGAUGAUGCAGUGUGGGAAUCAGUAGGAGGAAGGACUCAUGUUGAAGUGUCUUCCUCACUGAAGUGGGCGUCAUUGAUCAGCCUGCUGGUUUAUGUGACAGCCUUCUCAAUUAGCCUUGGGCCAAUGGUGUACGUCGUUCUCAGCGAGAUCUUUCCGAUGGGAGUCAAAGGUAGGGCUGUGUCAGUGGUGUCGGCUGUAAACUGGGCCACAAACCUGCUCAUCUCCAUGACCUUCCUCACCAUCACAGAACACAUUGGUGUGCCCAAUGUUAUGUUCCUGUACUCUGCCAUGAGCUUUGUUCUACUGAUAUUUGUCAUCCUCUGUGUCCCUGAGACCAGAGGCCGCACACUGGAGGAGAUCUCAAAAGAGCUGGCAAAGAAGAAGACUUUUAAGGUGAGAUUUUCCAGGCCAGUUCAGCCUCAAGAGAGCCUCAUCAGGGGCAGCAGAUCCACAGAGUGCAGCAGACACCUGACUACUUAAACACCCCCAAUGCUACAUCUGAUUUGAGAGGCAGGAGCAAGGAUCAAGACAGUAUAUAAUCAUAAUACAGUUAUUAUCCAUAUAUGUCACUGCACUGCUGCAGUUGGAUGAUGGAAAUCCCACAGACAUGUUUUUUUUUUUUAAACGAUAGCUGAGGAUCCACUGUUAAUUGUUAAAAACCCAAAAAGCUGAUUUAUUUAUAUAUAUAUUACACACACAUAUAGCAGCAACGUCUGGGUUCCAAUCCACCUUGGCCCAGGCCUUUCUGCGUUCUGUCUGGGGUUUUCAUGUUCUCCCUGAGUCUGUCUGGGGUUUUCUUCGGGGACUCCAGUUUCCUCCCAUAGUCCACAGAUGUGCAAUUACUGAGGUUAGGAUAAUUGGUGAUUCUAAAUUACCCAUAGGUGAAAGUAUGAAUGGUUGUGUGUCUCUCUGUGUUAGCCCUGUGACAGGCUGGCGACCUGUACAGGGUGUACACUAAAAUCAGACACUAAUGACCAAAAUGGUAGUUCUUUGGUAGAUGGCAAGCACAUUUGAAAAAAACAACACCAUUUCAAUGCUGUUGUCAGUAAGUGCCGUACAGAAAGGUAAAACCAGUCACACCAGUUAUGUCAGUGGACAAGUUGUAACCCACAUCACAGAAAUAUGGACAAACGCUCCGUCUCAUUUGCAUUUAAUGGAACGUGCGAUGAGCUGUGUAAGGCUGGCUGCUGAAUAUUCAAAAACAACCAAGGAACAAAACCAACUCAUCAGGUCCAGUAGCCGUAUUUUAGUAGGCACUGUGGUUGGUGUUUGUCAUAGUAACAUAAAGACUACAAUCUUUUUUAUAUUUGUAUCAGUAAAGCUGAAAUUAUUUUCAGAAUUAAAAGUAUUUUGUGGAUGGAAACAAUGAAAAUAUUCACAUUUUAUAAUCUUUACUUUUCACUAUCAUCUUUUAAAUCCUGCAAAUACAUGUUGCAGGAUUUAAAGUCUGAUGUGAAAAUCAAUAUAUAGAACAUUGUAGGAAAGAAUUGCCACCCUCCAUGUGUGUUUGGGAUCUGGUCACACACACAAAACAUGUCAUGCAAAAGAUCAAACACACUACACAGUAGUCCAGUGGUAGUAUGUUC